GCAACAUACUAAUUUUUUAGGGGAAAUAAGAAGACAGAUUUACCAAUUUUGAAUCCUAGUAACUAUUAAUAAAGUUUGGGGGUUAUUAUAAUAAAUAAAGAAAAAUAUGGGAGAGAAAUAAAAUCCUUAAGAUUCGGGGUUGUCUGAUUCUCGAAAGUGAAGUGUGUGUCUUUAUUCGUUUGUUCUCCUCCCACAAACCCUAUCUCGAGUCUCCACUUUCUUUUCUCCGCCACCACACAAACAUAUUCUUUCUUCUUCUUCUUCUUCGUAAUUUCAUAAUAGCUAUUCUUCACCUCUCUCUAUUUAUACAAAACAAACAUUUCAUUCAACCCUUACCUAUUCAUUACCAUCCACUUCUCCAAAGACAUCCUCUUUCUUCCCAUUCCAUCCAAUCCUGACUUUCGGCGGUUUUCAAUGGCGCUUGCGUACGAUCCUCUCUUCAUCACAUCCGACAAAUCCUCCAUGGACGUACCCUCUACGCCGCCGCCGAUGGUCUUAACCCAAGACGAGCUCAAACGCAUCGCCGCCUACAAAGCCGUCGACUUCGUCGAAUCCGGCAUGGUCCUCGGCCUCGGAACCGGCUCCACCGCCAAGCACGCCGUCGCCCGCAUCGGCGAGCUUCUCCGGCAAGGAAAGCUCUCUAACAUCGUCGGCAUACCGACGUCGAAGAAGACUCAGGAGCAGGCUCUCUCCCUCGGCAUCCCUCUCUCCGACCUCGACGCGCAUCCCGUCAUCGACCUCUCCAUAGACGGCGCCGACGAGGUCGACCCUCAUCUCAACCUCGUGAAAGGGCGCGGCGGGUCUCUCCUCCGUGAGAAGAUGAUCGAAGGAGCUUCCAAGAAGUUCGUGGUGAUCGUCGACGAGACGAAGAUGGUGAAGCACAUAGGCGGGAGCAAGCUGGCUCUUCCGGUGGAGGUUGUGCCGUUCUGCUGGAAGUUCACGGCGGAGAAGCUCCGGGAGGUGAUGGAGGGGUACGGCUGCGAGGCGAAGCUGCGGCUGGGAGGGGAGGAAGGGAAGGCUUUUGUGACGGACAAUGGGAAUUACAUUGUGGAUAUGUAUUUGGAGAAGGAUAUGGGAGAUUUGGGGGCGGUGAGCGAUGCGAUUCUGAGGCUGCCUGGAGUCGUGGAGCAUGGGAUGUUUCUUGAUAUGGCUUCUACGGUUAUCGUUGCUGGUGAGCUUGGUGUCAAGAUCAAGAACAAACACAGCUCUUGUUGUUGAAACUGAUCUAGGAGAUAGAUAGGCUUUGGAAUGAUUGUUAUAUGAACGGCGUUUUUGCUUCGCUUGCCUUUUGAAUGUCUUUCUUUGUAAUGGGCUUUAUACAUUCUUAUAUGUGUUGGGCUUUGCUUCUGUUGACUACCGUAGUCGAUAUUGAUAGGCUUACGAGGUACGAUUACGAACU